AUGGAUACUCCACAUAGCUUCGAGGAUCUCAGCAUUCCUACCCAUUCAAGUCCUUCCACCACCCUACGAUGCUGCUGUGGCCGCAAGGAUUGUGCUUUGCUCGAGCACAACAAUGCAGCUCUGGAAGGAUUAGAGAAAGAUCUGGAGACUGCCGCCAGGUUAGGUCAGGCCUUGCUCCACCGCCAUGAAAGCUAUAUGGCUGAAGCGGAGGAGGACCGUCAUCGUUUAAUCAGCAAUAUCGAUGAUCUAGAGCGCGAAAAGCAACGGUUUCAAGCAGAAAAUGCGCGUAUUAUCGAAGAGAAUCGCAGUUUGUUAGAGCAACUUGACAGUUUGAAUCAAGCGGUCGCCGAGUCUGACGACCAUGUCAAGUCCCUAACCGUUACUUUGGAGAACACGGAGGCUGAAUUGCGAAGAUUGACGGUUGCUGCAACGCGCGCCGCAGAACUUGAGGCGCAAUUAGCUCUCAUGGAAACAGAACAGUCUAAACUUCAGGAAAGCCUUGUGUCGGUGCAUGAAGACGAGAGAUCAGCAGUCCAACGGUGGAGACAAGCAGAGAACACACUGCGAGACCUUCAUGAUCAAGUCGACCGCAUCGAGAAAGAGGCACGCGAGGAGAGGGAUCGGCAUACAGAGCUCGUCCAACGCAUGGAACGCAAGAGGGCUGUGGAGCGCGAGCUCGACAAUGCCGCGGGGCGUCUCAAAGGCGCCGCUGCCGCCUCCGAACUCAAUCGCAACGCUGGCAGUACCAACGUGGUCUCUCGCUUCGUCAAGGAUAUCUUGCAAGACAACGCCAAUUUGCAAGUCGGAAUUAUGGAACUACGCGACAUGCUCCAGAGCUCGAAUGAAGAAGUGCAGAAUCUACGGGAACAGGUUAUCUCUCAUCAGCCGCUAGCCGGCGUUGGCGUUGAUGAGGACAAUACACAGCCAAGGCCUUCCACCACCCUGAGCGAGGAGCUACAAGCGAGGGAAGAACGACGUGUGUCUCAAGAAUUCCAUAUCCAUCAUCAUUUCCAUACACCAACCCCAGCUCCAGCUACGAAGAAGGAGAAGAGCACGCUCAAUCGUCGCGUGAAGAAACGCCGCCCGGCUUUGGGAAGCCCGGUAGUAAUGCACUCUGCGACGCGGGCACACUCGCCUCGAAGAGCACUUCAUCGUUCCCAGUCAUCUGGAUCAUCCAUGUCAACCAUCAUGUCGCAAACCUCUGUCUCAAUCCCACCUUAUUCAUCCUCCCGCCGCUGGUCCUCGCAAUCAUAUGCCCCGGACUCGCUAGCAAGCUCUCCUCGGUCCGCGUUCCGGACGUCAUCGAUAUUUGAUCGUGUUGAACGUGGUGCUGAUUUAUCCCAACCUACCAGCCCCGAAAGUGCCGCGUUCUCUUCGCCUUUGAUGCAGGCACGGAACCUGAAGGGUCUUGAUACGCCAUUCCAACCGAUCGGUGGCUUCGAUAGCCACGAUUCACCUGACGACUUAUCCGCAUUUGAAGAUGAUUUCUACAGCCGCCAAGACUUCCCGAACACAGGCGAUAACUUCGCCAGAGAGCCAGCUAUCCCAGAGGAAUCCGAACCAUCUCCAUCAGUGGCAUACUUCUCGCCUAUGUCAACGACCACCCAAGAUGAUAUUUUUACCAUGCAUGUACAACCUUCAGCCUUGCGUAGAUCUUCUUCUCACGACAGCUUGCUCUCCGUCUCCGUUGCUGGGAUGGACAUUCAUACACCCACAAGUCGCCACAAGCGAAUGGGUGACUGGCACCCCGGCAUGCGAAUUCCUCGACGUAUCUUGUCACCCAGUGUCGAACUAAUAUCCACACCCCCGGUGAUCUCAGCCCCGGCCAUCACGGCUGAUCGUGCAAAGAGCUCAGAGCACACGUCACAGUCAUUGCUUGCUUCCAUGGCUGCAGGAAAACCCACCAAGUCUGACACAGCAUCCAUUAUAUCCACAGAUAGCACCAGCACUGGCUCAAUCGCAACCCUUGGACCCCGCAAAAGUACAACGUUGGGUCGACGCAUGGGAGGCUGGGUCCUAGGCCGCUGGGGCAUAGCACCAGUCUCAUCUGACAAUGAGUCUCCUGAUCUGAUAGACUCGCCAAACACGUCUGUGGCAUCGUCACCUUCUACGUCUACCCCCAAGCCACCCCCUGACCCGCUAGCUCUCCGCUUCAGAUACCCAGGUGUGAACCAGAAGGGGCCAAUAAUGGGCCUGCGGCCUCCGCCUCCUGCUCCGAUCUCAAUUCAUGCGCAAAGCAUAGACGAAAACCUGCUACGAGAGAGUCUAGCCGAAGAGGCUGGCUAG